AUGCCGCUCUCUCUCUCUCUCGCUCUCUGUCUCACCUUCAUCGACUUGAAGAAGGCCUUCGACUCAGUUGAGACAGAAACGGUCGUGGAGGCCUUGGACAACCAAGGCGUCCCUACUCCAUACAUAAAGAUAUUUCAACGCGAUGCGAGCAUUGGAAUGGGAAGACAUGCAUAUCUGGGUCGGGAACUGAACAUGAUGAACGACCUGACCUCCGAGCUGGGCAGAAGGAAACGAGCGGCUUGGGGAGCAUUCAAGAGCAUCGACGAUGUGGUGAAGAGGAUCAAGAACACCCGGCUCCGUGCUCACCUCUUCAACAUCACCGUACUUCCUGCUUUGACCUAUACUUCGGAAACCUGGAGACUUUGCAGGCAGAAAGAAAACGCGGUGAACGUCAUUGAACGCGCAGUUGAGAGAGUGAUGCUAGGAGUAUCCCGUUUCACGCACGUACGCGAGCGAUCGAAGAUUAAAGGAGACGCUGCGUAUGCCAAGGGGAGUAAAAUAAACUUGGUCGGACACGUGAUGUGCUUUAACGACAAUCGUUGGACCGUAGCCGUAAGCGACUGGAUACCACGCGACAUCAAACGCACUGCAGGAGGACCGCCGACCCAAUGGUCAGAUUUCUUCACGAUGUCUUGCAAAGAAAAUUAUGAUGCUCUUCGGGUCCCACGCGAAAGGAGGAACCACUGGGCGACUCUGGUACGCGAUCGGGACCAGUGGAAGAAUUACUGGCUCCCGCUCGACCAGUUCGAAGAUCAACGGGAGUCAAGCCCACGUCAUCUAAGUCCUCGGGAUCGAAACAAGUGGCGACCACGGACGACACGCACGAAUUGCCUUCUGCGUUAUUCGCCACCGUCCAACACUCAUCUCCACGUUCAAGUUCUCUCUGCAAGCGAGUUCAAGUCUACGUCAAGUAACAAAUGUCGAAACGCGACAGCACGAGAAUACGACGCCUCAUCGGCCUAUUUCAAGAAGCAACUUCAUCGUCUUUGUAGCGCGGCUGCACUCACAGCUCAAGAAUUCAACGUCGAUCCCAAGCAACCGAAGCUCGACAACCUCGAUGACGAUGAAAUCGAAGCUCUCCGCCUCGAGAUCAGUACCACACGAAGCAGUUUACUCAAGACAUAUACAAGGAUCACGAAACUUCACGAUGAAUGGAUCGUCAUUCAACAAUCCGAUCCACAUAAACUAAAAGUUUUCGAUGAAUACGUCUCUAAGUAUGGAGAUUAUCGCACGUCUAUCACCGAGGCUGUCAACCAACUGGAAGAAAUGGAUGUACUGCUGAACACGAUGGAUGAAGAAUUCACUCGCCGCAAUCUCAGCAUACCCUCUGACUCCUUCAAUACAUCCCCGGAAGAGGAACACGACCACACAUGGCUGAAUCGGACCGAAGCCGCAACAACUACAAUGAGGACUACCUCACGGGACAAAAGCAUCGGAUCGCAAGUUCCAGCCACCAAUAGCUCUUUGCUGAAUUUUGUCGACGCAUCAAUACUGAGCAAGCUAGAGCUCCCUACCUUUGACGGCAAUCUCCUCGAUUAUCCUGAAUUUGCCUCAAGAUUUGCAACGCUGGUCGGAAACAAAACUCAGCUCGACGAUACUACCAAGCUCUCCCUCCUCAAGUCUUGCCUAAGAGGCCGCGCACUGCAGUCCAUACAAGGAUAA